AUGAGACAUCUCGAGCUUCUCCUAUGGGCAAGAAACAACGGAUGCCCCUGGGAUAAGAAGACCUUGCAUGGGGCGGCUUACAACGGGCAUCUUGAGGUUUUUCAAUGGGCAAGAAGCAACGGAUGCCCCUGGGACGAGACGACUUGCAACCUGGCGGCUGACAACGGGCACCUCGAGGUCCGUCAAUGGGCAAGAAGCAUCGGAUGCCCCCGGAACAGUCUCACGUGCACCAAAGCGGUUGAGGGCGGACAUCUUGAGGUCCUUCGAUGGGCAAGAAACAACGGACGCCUCUGGGAAAAGGACACGUGCUCCAACGCGGCUCGGAAGGGGCAUCUUGAAAUCCUUCGAUGGGCAAGGAACAACGGAUGCCCGUGGGACAAGAACACGUGCUCCAAAGCGGCUUGGUCCGGAAAUCUUGAGGUCCUUCAAUGGGUUAUGGACAAUGGACGCCCCUGGGGUGAGGACACAUGCUCUCAAGCGGCUGCGAAAGGUCACGCUGGGGUCCUUCAAUGGGCAAGAAACAACGGAUGCCCCUGGUCUAGAGAUGAUUGCCCACCUUGUAGGGAGAAAACACGGGGAUGA